AUGGCUCCAGGGAGUGCGAACAAGCGUAAGCGGCUGGACCGUCAAUUCACUCACGAAGAUGGAGGUCGACCGUCCCCUCAUCGCCCAGAAAACUUGAGCAUGGCUCAGCGGAUGGAGCAUGGUGGAGGUCCCAGGAGGGGCGGAGGCGGUGGCAGGAGGCAGAGUAGGCAGUCAAAUCCUGCGGAUGGCGUGAAUGCGGUACCGGUUGUUCCACGCAACGCGCUAUCACCACCGGCGCCAUCACGGACACCACUCCAGGUUGCCACACCAAGCGCAGAAAUAUCAAGAAACAGUACGCCGCUUCCACCAACAGCCGUGUCCGCACUGCCGCCCGCGGAAGAGAUGCCAAUGGAGCCACCCGCGCCAUAUGCCUACGACGUGAUUACAGACGCGAUGAUUCCUGUUUGGCAGGAGAAUGGGAAGCAGUCCGUGCUCGAUACGUUGAAAGAUGCCGAUGAGCUUGGAUUGAACACAGUACUGCAGGAGCUGGUGCGGUCUGGCCUAGACGGCCGGCUAGAGGCUGUAGAGGUCGGACGGGAGAUACAGCAAGUCAUAUCAGAGUUACAGAGCGACGAUUUGGAUGCACAGACUUCUUUCCUUAACACGAUAUCACUGCUCGAUGAAGCUGACACGCAAAACCCUGCGCUUCUUGCUAUGCUGGUCACGACCGAGAUUGACGCGGAACUCGUAAGGCAGAACCUGGACGUCCCACUCCUUACGACGCUUUCGCUGGUCCGUCAGUCAUUCAAUCAGAUACGGGCGCGAAAGACAACGAACCUACUGUACCGUCAAGCGAACUUUAACUUGCUGCGAGAGGAAACCGAAGGGUACGCCAAGCUUCUCACGGAGUAUUUCAACGUUGCCGAGGAGUCGAACAAGACCACGAAUCCGGCCAUCGCUGAAGAUGCGUUCCAACGCAUCAUGGCACUUGUCGGCGCAUUCGAUUUGGACGUGGGAAGAGUCUUGGACAUCACCUUGGACAUUAGUGCCAACCUGCUGGUUAAGGCGUACCCGUUUUUCAUCAAGUUCUAUCGUUGCAGCUCCUGGUGGCCGGAUGGCGGCAAUUUGGACAGUGUUCGAUGGGAAGACGACGGCUUCAACACCUUCCCCGCCUGGGCAUUACCGGGAUCGGGACGAGUGGGGCCCUCCGACAACGAGAAGAGCGAGCUUGUUAGCUCGAUCCAAUCGCGAGACAAGCGGUUUUGGGAGCAAGUUCGCGAAAAGGGCAUUCAAGCUUUCUACGAGCUAGGCGCUCGAAGGAUUGUCGACUUCGACUCCGUCGUCGAGCAGUUGUCUAUUGAUGCACAGCCGGAGCUCGAUUCGCGUGGCAAAGAGAUCACUGAAGAUCGGAGAAAGCGUGCCAACGAGAAUCGCAAAUACAUGCGCGAAACCGGGGUACUACCGGCACCAGGCAAUUCGGACGCCGCGCAACUGCUUGGCUUCAAGCUGCGCUUCUACGCUUCGCCAGCCCGUGAUCCUGACGAUGUCAUGCCCGAUAACUUAAUACACUUUGCUGCAUUGCUCAUCAAGACCGGCUUUGUCUCCCUACGCGACCUGUACCCGCAUUUACACCCGCCAGACGAGAAAAUGGAGGAUGAGCGUGCGAGGCUUGAAGAGGAAAAGACAGAGAAGGAAGCGAGAGCUAAGCCAGGCGGAGGCCCAAACGCACUUGCAAUGGCCUCUGCCUUGACUGACGACACUCUGCCCGUCGCGCGUGGGCUGCGGAGCGAGAAAGAUCGUAGCGGAGGAGCAACGCCGAAGCCUGCGCAGAAGGAAGAUGCGACAGCAGACCCAUUACAGUCUCCGCCAAACCAAAAGAUCGGUUUACUGAAGGCGCUCUUGGCCUUAGGAGCGAUACCCGAGGCGCUCUACAUCCUUGGCCGCUUCCCUUGGCUUUUGGAUGUGGACACUACGCUUCCGCCGUAUCUGCACCGUAUCGUCAGGCAUAUGCUGCUUAAAGUUUCCGACACCGUCCGACCGCUUGCCACUCGUCCAGGCGUCGGUGAAGGCCGCCAGCAGCUCAACGAUACCGCUGCGAAGUCUGAUGGACCGCAGACAUUCGUUCCGAGAGCACCUAAGCUACCUACGAAAUGGCUAGGUCUUGAAGAAGUGUCAGAGAGAGACGGCUCAAGAUACCGGUACUACUAUACUCAAUGGGCUGAUAACCUGCCGCUCUGCCAGACUUUGGACGAUGUCUUCCUCCUGUGCGACUCUCUUGUCGCCUUCCUUGGAGUCAAGAUAGGCCAGGACACCGCCAUAUUGGGCACACUCGUCAGGCUGGCUAGGAACGAUCUGGCAGAAGACGGUUCGGAGAGCAAUCGCGCCCGUUGGCUCGAGCUCAUGAAGCGUCUCCUUGUACCGGCGCUCAGCUUGAGCAAGCACAAUCAAAGUCUCAGUGACGAGAUUUACCAGCUGCUUAUGCUCUACCCCAUCACUGCUCGAUACGAGAUCUACGCAGAGUGGUUCACUGGCAAAACAUCUCGCCUAGCUGAUAUUAAGGUUGCAUUUGAUCACAACAAAGCCGAAGUCAAAGACGUACUUCGCCGCGUCUCAAACGAGAACGUUAAGAGCCAGUCUCGUGCACUUGGCAAGGUGUCGUACUCUUCGCCUGGAGUUCUGAUAAUGUUCAUGAUCAACCAGCUGGAAACGUACAGCAACAUGAUUCCGGCUAUGGUGGAGUGCACAAAGUAUUUCUCCAAACUGGCAUUUGACGUGCUGAUCUGGUGCUUGAUCAAUUCGCUCAGUGGACAGGGUAGGGAUCGGAUGCAGGCGGACGGCAUGCUUACCAGUCCAUGGCUACAAGCGUUGUCGCAGUUUGUCGCAUCGCUGUUCCAUCGCUACUCCAACAUAAACCCCUCGCCCGUUCUCCAAUACCUUGCAUCAGAGCUGCGCGCCGGCAACUCCACCGACCUUGAAAUGUUCGAGCAAGUGCUGGGAGAGAUGGCCGGCAUUCGAGCGGAUGUGGAGUUCAACGACAACCAGGUGUAUAACAUGGCUGGCGGCGAGAACCUGCGCGCCUAUGUCAUGCAACAACUUGGCGAUACUCGACAUGCAAGAAAAGCUCAAGCUAGGCGUCUGAUCAAGGCUCUUGCUGAACCUGGCCUAAUUGGCCAAACCCUCAUUGCUAUUGCGCAGGAGAAGCAGAUGUACCCGCAUCAUGAAGCAUCAAAGUUCAUGCCUCUCAAGGUACUGGGCAACAAUCUUGACAAGAUACAGCAAGUCUUCACGCAGUAUCUCGAGGUGCUCCGAACGAACCUCAAGCCGGAAGAGUUCGAAACUGCUGUGCCCGAUGUAGUGAGUCUUGUUGGAGACUUCAAGCUGGCCCCAGGUAUUGCAUUCACUAUCUGCCGUUCAGUGAUUGCGCACAGGAUGGCAGCAGAGGACUCGCGGAAACUAGAGGCGUCAAGGAAGAAUAGAGCGAGUCAUGGAAAAGCGCAGGUCAACGGUGAAGUGGAAAUGCAAGACGCGGACGCUCAGCCGGCUAGCGGGGCUGAGCAGGCAGCUGAGGAGAAGCCUGCCAUCAAUGGCGAAUUCCAUGAGCAUGCCGUUACGGAGGCGGAAGCACAGAUCGCGGCAAAGCCGAUGCCAAAUGGCGUUCACGAUCAGCAGUCAUCACCAUGGCACCCAGUCCUGCAGCCCCUCAUUGAUCGUUUACCUACUGUCACUGGCAAUCUCGCUGAUCGCGUCAGCAUACCAUUCUUCGUUACUUUCUGGACUCUGUCGCAGUCUGACAUCUUCACAAACUUCACCGAUGUCUACAAGUUCGAGAUAAAGCGUUUGGACGAUGAGAUUAAGGUCAUCAGCCGUGAUCGCGGAGACAGAUCGACUGCAGCCACGAGCGAGCGCAGCCGCAAGGUGAAGGCGCUCACGGAGGUGCACAGUCACUUGAAUGCCGAAGUCAAGAAUCAGCUGAGCGACUAUAUGAAGCUUAGCGGCCGGCUCAGUCGUCAAGAAAAGGCGCACUGGUUUGCGCGCUCAAGAAACCGGCCGGAAUUGGAGCAGAGGCAUACAGCACUGCUUCAGGAGUGCUUCAUUCCCCGUGCGCUGAUGUCGUCGCUGGACGCUCAUUAUAGUUACAUGAUGCUGCGAAUGCUGCACGACAAGAGCGCGCCGGGUUUCAGCACGCUUAUCUUGAUUGACCGGCUUAUGCAGAAGCAGGAGCUAGCGGCCAUUAUCUCUCAGUGCACCGGACAAGAAGCGCAACACUUUGGUCGCUUCUUGAACGAGAUGCUUAAGAUGCUCGCUGAAUGGCAUGCAAGUAGGUCUGCCUACGAGCAGCAUGCACUGGGCAACCGUAAGGUCGCCGGCUUCGUCACUGGCCCUAUGGAUUACGGCGCGAGCCCUGACACGUGGACCUUCAUGGAUUACGAGCUUUACCGGCGUCAACUCACGAAUUGGCACACUGCCUUGUGUAAUGCGCUACAGCUCUGCUUCGAGUCCCGGGAGUAUAUGCACAUACGUAAUGGCAUUCAUGUUCUCAAAGCAGUCGUAGGCGUCUUCCCGGCGCUGACGUUCCAAGGCAAGGCACUGAUUGCCGCGGCGGAGAAGAUCUCGAAGGAAGACUCGAGGCAGGAUCUCAAGCUGAUGGCUUUGAGCUUACUAGGUCCGCUCAAGACACGUGAGAAAGCUUGGGUUAUGCCUCAAGCGUUCCGCCUCGCCGUUGCGUCCAAGGAGGGUGAAUCUGCAAGUCGAGCAGCAAGCGUGAAGCCAGAGACGCCCAUGCCUGAAGAUGCCACGCCGAAGCUAAAUGCUGCUGCUCCUGAGUUCAAGCCCAGCGCUCAAGCACUGACGACCAACGGUGUGGUCAAAAAGGAGUCCCUCGCUGGUGUAGAAGAUGGAGAAGUGGAGGAAGAGAAG